AUGUCGAGUAUGAAGGCCUACCUUGCAGAAAAGUACAUGUCCGGACCAAAGGCAGACGCCAUCUUGUCGAAAACCGGGUCUCUGAAGAAAAAGAAACGCAAGGGCAAGGACGCUCCUGAACCACAGACUCGUGGAACACACAUACGCGACGACGACGGCGGAUGGGGUGACAUUGAAAAAGAGGAGGAUGACGGCCUCAAGGACGCGGUUGUUGAGAAGGACAGAGGGUUCAAGAAACGCAAAGUGGCCAACCCUGCCGCUGAGUCAAAUUGGAUAACUGUCCAGGAAGGCAUGGGAGGUGGUCCAAAGGCAGAAGACGAGCCACCGCUUGCGGACGAGCAGCCCAUGCUUGUGGACACACCGUUUGUUGGAGGCCUGAUGAACCCCAAAGACCUGAAGAGGGUGCUGCCACAGAACAACCUUGCUUCUACUUCAUCUCUCACAGCAGAAGAGAUUGCGCAGGCCCAGGAAACGGUGUACCGCGAUGCUUCUGGGAAGAAGAUCGAUACUAAGGCGGCAAAGGCUGAGGCUGCACGAAUGAAGCGCCUAAGAGAAGAGAAGGAGGCGCAGAAGAUGGAGUGGGGCAAGGGGCUGGUACAGAGGGAGGAGGCGGAGAAGCGAAAGCAAGACCUCGAGAAGCUGAAGGACCAACCUUUUGCCAGACGGGUGGAUGAUAAGGAGAUGAACGAGGAACUGAAGGCGAAAGAGUUGUGGAAUGACCCAGCAGCUGCGUUCUUGACGAAAAAGAAAGCCAAGGGACCUCGAAGACCUGAAUAUACUGGCCCUCCACCGCCGCCUAACCGGUUUGGUAUCAAACCUGGGUACAGGUGGGAUGGCGUUGACCGAGGAAAUGGCUUCGAGAAAAAGCUAUUCCAGACUCAAAACGCCAGGAAACGAAAGGGCGCUGAAAGUUAUCAGUGGAGCGUGGAUGACAUGUAG